UUGUCUAUUUUAGGUACUUCCUGAUUUGGCCGAAUUUAGACAAAGAUAGUCUCUCUGUUCUGUACGCUAUUAGUUUAGCCUUAGUCUUUUAGUUAAAGUCUAUCAUCAAUACUAAUCAAGAUCUAAGCUUCAAGCUUAUUUUCAAAAAGCAAACAUGUCUAAACUGUGUGGAGCUGCAAGUGAUGUCUCCGAUGCCAACGAUGAAGUUCACGCAAUAGUAAAAGAGAUUCAAUGUGAGCUCGAAUCAAAGGCCAAUAAAUCUUUUCCAGUAUUCAAGGCAAUUAGUUUUAGGUCCCAGGUGGUAGCUGGUACCAAUUUUUUUGUCAAGAUUCAGGUUGGAGACAAGGAGUAUCUUCAUGCUCGAAUUUUCCGUCCACUUCCCCACACUAACAAAGGACCAGAAGUACAUAGUUACCUGCUGAACAAAUCAAACGAGGACAAACUUGAAUAUUUUUAACUAGUUGCUCAGAAACUUCCACUUUUUCACAUGUACUGCAUUUCAUUAUUUUUUGUUAUAACCAGUUUUAUUUACAAACUAAAGCCAGGUUGUUUUUACGUGGUUUAUUGCAUUUUUAUUUUUAAUGUUUAGUUUUAGUUUUGUUAUUUGCUAAUGUCAAAUGUAUCAAAUAAACUGUUCUGUGAUUAUAUAUUUGUUGUCAUUCUGUUAAAGUUAUUUUGUUUAGGUAUUUUGAUUUACAUUAACAUCUAUUUUAUUGUCCAAAAAAAAAUUAUAGUUUCAUUUUAGUUAAUACGUUUCAAUGUGUUCUGUAUUUACUCAUAUAAAAUCAUACAAUUUAGAGACAGUUUUUGACUGUUUAGUUUAGUUGUAUUCAUCAUGUUUCUUUGUCUUGCCAACGACUGCCUUAAUUAAAGAACAUCAUUCAGUUCUCUCAUUAACAUAAAAUAUUUUGUGCAUGUAAUAUACUUGUUAAGUAUUAUUCUUUUAAUUAGAGAAAUUUUAGUAUUUGUAAAGAAAAUCUUCAUUCAUUCCACCUUUAUUUGUGAACAGUUUUUGUCUUAAGUUUUAAAUUAUAAAAACUCAUUAGACUCAAGUCAAUGAUAACUGUGUGAUAACUGCAAUUUUGGUGUAAUGCUGAUCUCAGAAAUAUUCUUGUCAGUUUAAUAUCUUUUCUUUUUAUGAGAAAUAUUUAAAUUAAAAAUAUAUAAUAUCAAAAA